GUGUGUUUUCUUUGAAGACUACAAAGAGGCUAACGUCAAAAAGAUUUUUAAUGGGAACACUGAUCGUUUUACAGUCGUUAGUCAUGACCUUAAGAUCCCAUUCAUUGCAAAGUGCGUCCGCAUAAACCCAGUCUCAUGGCAAGGGCUAAUUUCCCUGCGAGCAGAAUUCUAUGGCUGUAGAGAAGGUUUUAAAGAUCCUGAGAUUGUCUGUGUGUCAGCACUGGGAUUAGAAAACAGUCAGAUUCCAGAUGCUGCUAUUUUGGCCUCCUCCCAACACAAUAUAUACUAUGGACCAGAAAGAGCGAGGCUGCGUAAAGUUACACAAGGAAGCUAUAUCGGGGGAUGGUCUCCAAAGGCAUCCAACACAGGGGAAUGGAUACAAUUUGACCUUGGUGAGAAUACAAAAGUGACCAGGAUAGCUAUCCAGGGUCGCGACAACGCGGAUUGGUGGACAACUAGUUAUACCUUGUCCUCCAAGCUUGAUGGAGGGAGCUUUGAGCCGUACAGCAAUGGCCAGGUAUUUCUUGGAAGUCGAGACAGAAAUACGCCGGCAGGCAGCAUGAUAAAUCCACCAAUCAUUGCACGCUUCAUCAAGAUUCACCCCAAAACCUGGCAGGGAUUCAUUGCUUUACGAGUGGAACUGUAUGGAUGCAGAGAAGGUUUCACUCCACCAAAACCACCAACCUGCGUAGCACCUCUAGGUAUGCAGAAUAAUCAGAUACCAGACUCUGCUUUAAGGGCGUCCACGUCGUACAAUGUAAACUCAAUGGGACCAAGAAAUGGAAGAUUGCAUUUCCAGGCAAAAUCAGGACAGUAUGGAGCAUGGGCCACCUCAAAAAAUGACGAAUACCAGUAUUUUGAGGUCAGUUUUGGUGAUUGGACCCAAGUUACUCAAGUAGCGACCCAAGGAAGACAAGAUGGAGGCUGGUGGGUUAAAAGCUACAUCCUCGCCAGCAGUGACGAUGGCGUGUUUUUUAAGGAUUAUCAAGAAGACAAUAAAGUGAAGGUUUUCACUGGAAACAGUGAUAAGUACUCGGUGGUGAAGCAUACUUUAAAGAAUCCGAUCAUCACUCGUUACCUUCGAAUAAAACCAAAGACAUGGCAAGGCUAUAUAUCGCUCAGAGCAGAGUUCUAUGGCUGCAGGGAAGGUUUCACGCCUCCACGACCUAAAUGCAAAGAUCCCCUGGGUAUCGAAAGUGGAAAAAUUCCAAGCACCGCCAUAGUGGCCUCGUCAAUGUACAAUCAGUAUUUUGGACCGGAACGUGGUAGACUUCGCGCUGUAAAAGAGGGAAGCUAUUAUGGCGGUUGGGCAGCUCAGUAUAAUAACGCUCACCAGUUUAUACAGUACGACUUUGGUAAGUUUGUCAAGGUUACUGGCGUGGCAACUCAAGGGCGCUCCGAUGCUAACUGGAUGGUCAGCAGCUACACCUUGGCUUACAGUCUCGAUGGUGUCUCAUUCACGACCUACGGUCCCGGCGAUGGACAGGUCUUUACAGGGAACACUCAGGACAGAAAUGAACCGGGCGGUAGCAUUAUUGAUCCACCAAUCAUCACCAGGUUCAUAAAGAUUCGUGUGAAAACAUCUAGAGGACAUCCAGCCUUGCGUGCCGAAUUUUAUGGAUGUACGGAAGGAUUCGAAAAACCAAAGGCCUUGGUGUGCUUGGAAGCUCUUGGAAUGCAGAAUGAAAGAAUUCCAGACUCUGCCUUAAGUGCUUCAACAGGGAUUGCCAUCAACGGCAGAUUACAUUUCCUCUAUAGAUCAGGCCGAUAUGGAGCCUGGAUAGCAAAGAGAAAUGAUAGGUUCCAGUUCUUGCAAGCAAAUUUUGGAGACUGGACAAAAAUCACCCGUGUUGCUGUUCAGGGGAGAUCAGACGCAGAGCAGUGGGUGAAGAAAUUUGAACUUUCAUAUGGCUACGAUGCAGUGUUCUUCAAAGCUUAUUUAGAAGACGGUGCAAAGAUCUUUUCUGGUAGUACUGAUCGAUAUACCCCAGUAUAUCAUGAUCUUAAGUAUCCUAUCAUCACUCGCUAGAUACGUAUUCAUCCAGUGGAAUGGCAAGCUCACAUAUCUAUGAGAGCAGAGUUUUAUGGUUGCAAAGAUGGAUUCGAGCCUCCAAAACUGGAAUGCCAAGCAGAACUUGGAAUGAGCAGCGGGAAAAUACCCAACAGCGCUAUCACUGCCACUACCAGCUAUAAUCAGUACUAUGGUCCAGAGCGCGCCAGACUGAAUACGGUGAAGUCAGGGAGUUUUGCUGGAGCGUGGUUACCUAAUUCACAGGACCUUGGUCAAUGGAUCCAAGUUGAUCUGGGAAAAAUUGCAAAAAUAACACGUAUAGCCACAAGAGGGAGGCAAGAUGCAGGUCACUGGGUUAAAAGCUUCUCUCUCACUUACAGCGUUGAGGGUGGACCAUUCAUACCUUACAAUGAUAACCAGGUUCUUCCAGGCAAUACGGACCAGAAUACAAUCGUUGGGAACAUUCUUAAUCCGCCUAUUAUAGCACAAUAUAUCAGAAUCCACGCAAAAGAGUGGCAAAGUUAUAUAGCACUACGUUUCGAGCUUUACGGAUGCACCAGCGGUUUUUCCAUUCCCAGUAUUCCUCCAUGUCAGAUUCAACUUGGGAUGCAAAACGGCAAGAUACCAAAUUCUGCCUUGACAGCCUCAUCGAAACUGAAUGCCAAUUAUGGCCCAGAAAAUGCGAGACUUCACUUUCAUCCUGUGAGUGGCCGCCAAGGAGCUUGGAUACCAAGCGUUCAGAACGUUAACCAGUGGCUCCAGGUUGAUUUCGGAGUUGAGACGCAAGUCACACGAAUUGCUACCCAAGGUCGCCAGAAUGCAAAUCAGUAUGUCACAAAAUACACAUUGAGAUACAGUCUUGAUAAAUCUUACUGGAACCAGUAUCAACCGUAUGGUUUCACCAUGACAUUCCCGGGAAACAAUGACCGAUACACAGUCGUCAGCCACAAUUUACCCAAACCUAUUCGGACGCGCUAUUUGAGGAUUGUUCCAGAAGAAUGGUAUAGCUACAUCGCAAUAAGGGCUGAAUUCUACGGAUGCAAGACAAAUGACGGGGGCUAUUCCGAAUGGGGCUCUUGGUCUGCAUGUUCCAAAACUUGUGGAGAUGGGCGCAGGAGCCGCCGUCGAUCAUGCACCAAUCCCGCUCCAAGUCCAGGUGGAAAGGACUGCUCAGACCUAGGACCAGACACACAAUAUGAAAAUUGCAAUGAUGGAGGCUGUCCAGUGAAUGGCGGAUACUCCGCUUGGGGACCGUAUGGUGAUUGCAGUAAACCAUGUGGUGGAGGAGAACAAACUAGAAGGCGCACUUGUACCAAUCCACCACCGGCAAACGGAGGCAAAGGCUGCGACAGGCUGGGACCAGACAUUUCAACCAGAGAAUGCAACACACGCAACUGUCCAAGGAAUGGAGGGUACUCUGCUUGGGGGCCAUAUGGUAAAUGCACUAAGACUUGUGGAGGAGGUAAGCAAUAACGAGAGCGAACAUGCACCAAUCCACCGCCAAGCGCCGGAGGAAAGGAUUGUGCGGGACUUGGACCGAAUAAAUAAAGCAGAGAAUGCAACAAUCAAAAUUGCCCAAUCAAUUCAAUAUUUGUAGUUGAUGGAGGUUAUGGACCGUGGGGGUCUUGGGGCGACUGCACCAUUACUUGUGGUAAGAAAAAGGGCAAAAGGACACGUGAUCGCUUGUGCAAUAACCCAGCCCCAAAAGAUGGCGGAAAGGAUUGUUCAGAUCUAGGAGAGGAUAGCGAGACAAAGUCGUGCACACCACCAAUAAAGAAAUGUCCCGUGGACGGCGGAUGGGAAAACUGGAGCGAUUGGAGUAAGUGUUCGGUUACAUGUGGAGGAGGAGAACAGAUCAGGGAACGAAAAUGUAACAAUCCUAAGCCUGGAGCUGGUGGAAAGGAUUGUGAAGGAGAUAAACAGGAGACCAAAGAGUGCAACACCUUUAAGUGUGGACCUGAAUGGAAGCCGGUGGGCUGCUUCAAGAAUAGCAAUCGCGCCCUCGACGUGGUUCUUGAGAGAGUCGGAAGCAAGUCAAAACUAAGCGCCCGCUAUGCAGCAUGCACUUCAGCGGCUAACAGUGGAAGUGUGACCUUGUUUGGGUUGGAUGACAGGAGAUGCUGGACCGGUGAAAACGCAGAAAGGACAUUCAGCAAAUAUGGAACCUCAGGGCUAUGCAAGACAAAGAAUGGACUGAGUGGAGGUCUAUCAGAGUCGGAAACAAUGUUUGUCUACGAGAAAGACGCAAGUGGGGAAUGGGCACAAAAAGGAUGCUACGUCAACAAGGCAUCAAUAUUGGCUCUGCCAGACUCUUUGGCCAACGAUGUCGAUAAAAUACAGGGUAAUGACAAUAUCUUUGAGUACUGCAAGGGGAAAGCUGAAUCUUUUGGCUACAAGUUAUUCGGAGUUGACGACAACACCUGCUGGGCGGAUAACGAUGGCAAGAACGAUUAUGAUAAGUACGGGGAGUCCUCAACAUGCUCUGUCAGCAAAAGUGGCAAUGGAUCCGGCAAGGAAAUUAAUGGUGACAUGUUUGUCUAUCGGUAUGAAUGAUGUUUCGGAUAAAGGACGAGAUUUAUGCAACUCAAAAGUGGAUCAUUUAUUGAAAUGGGACCCGGCCUACGCGAAAAGGAAAGGGAAAUAUCAUAACAUGAAACGGUCGUCAGGCUAAUUUCUGGUUUAUAAAUUGUACGGGUAUUGGGGAAGUAUUUUAGCGCGCUAAAUGGGUUAA